AUGUCAACCGGUCUUCCCCCCGGCGUGCCCCCGAACGUCAAGGUCUUCGGGCCGGGCGCGAACUGCACGCUCGACAUAUGCCCGGUCGAGAUGAGCGUCUACGGCUACCGGCCAGACCUGGCCGCGAACAUCACGUUCCUCGCCCUGUACCUGAUAUCCGCCGCCAUCCACGUCUACCUUGGGUUCCGGUGGAAGACGUGGUUUUUUAUGAUCUGCAUGGUCUUCGGGGCCGCCAACGCCGUGCUGGGCUACGCGGGUCGGAUCGUCAUGUACUACAACCCGUUCAACUUCGCGGCUUUCAUGGUCCAGAUCAUCUGUAUCACCAGCGGUCCGGUCUAUUACUCCGCGGCCAUCUAUGUGACGCUUGCUGCAGCGAUCAAGUACUUCUCGCCCUCUUUGUCCCGCUUCCAGCCGAACCUCUUCUACUGGAUCUUCAUUCCCUGCGACGUUGUCUGCCUUAUCUUCCAGGCAGUCGGCGGCGCCCUGUCCACCGCGUCGGCCGGUAGCAGCCAGAUUGGCGUCGACAUGGCUCUCGUCGGCCUCAGCCUGCAGGUGGUGGUGAUGGUUGCGUUCUGCGCCUUCUUCGCAGACUACCUCAUCCGGUACUUCCGGGCGGGCUCGACGGAGCGUUUCGGCACGAGGGCCAAGCUGUUCUUCGGGUUCAUGGCGCUGGCCAUCGUCCUCAUCCUGGUGCGCUGCUCGUACCGCCUGGUGGAGCUGCGCAACGGGUACAGGGGCGAGCUGAUCCGCGACGAGCCCAUCUUCAUCGGGUUGGAGGGAGUCAUGGUGAUCUCCGCCGUCUUCUGUCUAAUGAUUUCCCACCCGGGAUUCGUGUUUAAGAAAAACGCCAAGGAGGACGACUCGGAAUCGACUCCGCAAAGCUUCGAGAUGAACGAGUGCCAUUCCACGUUCAGAUCCAGGAUUUGA